CAGGAUUGGUGUUAUUCUGAAUUUAGUAGAGCAGCACGUCAGAGUCAGCGAGUGCGAGAUCUCGUCCGUUACAUUCUGAUCGGUUACGUAGUCUUAAUGCCCUCCAGCCUACGAAAAAUCUGCAGGAGUAGUUAAGAGAAGAUCAUCUUAGUGAGCACAAACCCACUAUAUUGUCUUUGAUUGUUGAGAGAUCCUGAUAUCAAUAACUAUCAAAUUCAAACUGUGACGUUGAGGUUGACGAGAAAAGAAAAAAAUGCCGAGUGUCUCGGAAUCGCAGAAGAAGCCGCAAAGUGUCGACGACGAGACAUCCCCAGCGGCUAAACGCCAGAAGGCUGGGCCAUCCUCGUCGUCAUCCGGAAAGGCUGCAGCGGACCCGUCCGAAAAAGUCCAAAAGCAGGUCCUAGGUCCUAGCUGUAAUACAGCAAUCGUUUUUGUUGAUCAUAAUGAUCCCGAACCCGAUUCAAGAUCAAAGAAGAGUAUGCGAUGAAUGAGAAGAUUACACCUACAGCCACUGCUACUGCUACAGUCUAAUGUGUCAUCUGGAACAAGUGGCUCUUUUUACGUCCACUAAGAAUCGACUCUCGUCGCGAGAACUGCUACUAAUAAAUCUGCUUGUUUAUGUUUUACCAUAGUCUAUGAUUCUUGAUUGAUUUGAUUGCUACUUUCGAUUGAGAUUGACUGUCUGACUGAAAGAAUACUGCAGACUGCAGCGGCGAUGAAGAAAGCCCAGAAGGUGGCCGAGAAGGCCCAGAAGGCUGCAGCGAAGGAAGCCGCGAAGAUGAAGAAAGAACACGUCCAAAAAUUGCGGAAGGAGAUGGUGGCGAAGCUCAAGGAUGACAUGGACGGAGAGGAUGGCUCCGUAACCUGGCAGCCCUUUCAGCCGGAUGACUUCAAAGUCAUGUUUUGCGAUCCGGUUGGUGUCCCCUACUACAGCGGAAACAUGAGCUUCUUAUGCCUUAACUUCGUCUUCAUUUAAUUUGUCUGUAACAAUUAAGUACACUUAUUGCAACUUCUCUUUUCAAUCCUCAAUUUUGUGACGCUUUUGCUUUUCUCACAUAUGAUAAAAUUUUACUUUAUAAUCUGUAUUUUUUUUGAAUCAAAAGUUGAAUUUUGAUUUUCAGUACUCUCUCCUUUGGCAUCAGUGUAGUUUUACUAUUUUCUCGUCGUCCGUGCUUCAUGUUGUAGUCCAGUUCUUUCUACUCGGAGAUACAUAGUCGAUUAUCCGUUUCAUCCGUACUAUGAAAAUUCAAUUUACCAUGGAUGUGAAACUGAAAGUGAAUGUUCUUGUUCAUGAAAACCGGAAACUGAUGACGACGAGAUCAAGCACAUCUUCGGCUGCGUGAUCACGAAGAAGGGCUACAAGUUGAUGGACAUGGACAUCGAGUACGUCGCAGACUCUCUUAAGGCUACCGCUGAAGCAUCCUCAGCUCAGCAUCAUCCCUAGAAGCCUCUUUUUCCAGGGGAAAACGGGCGCAGGGAUAGGCUCAGGGAUGCACAGCUGUAGCGCUAACUCUCGAACACUAACGAUUCAUUAUAGUGGCGAGUACAACCGGCGUCGUGACUCUUUAUUUUGACAUGAGAUAUAUUAUAUUAAUUACAAUGACCUGUAGUAGUUCUAUGACAUAGCCUUAGCAAGAUUGUAGAUCCCUCUUCUAUAGGAAUUGCUCGGAGUAAAGUUAAGGAAAGUGAUUUUCGGGGAAGUAAAAAGAUGAAUGGUCCCUUUUGGUCAUUCCUAAAAGCAAGCACGCUUAGUUAAGCAUCGUUCCACGCGUGCGACUCAGGCACAGCCCGGUCUAGUAAUUCCUAUUUCAUCCCAUAUUUGCCAUAGGACAUCAUGAUCAUAAAAAUAUAUAUUUAUAAAUUCGAAUUCUGCUAACGUUAAAAAGCUCAGGAAGAUGAAGAAACGUUACCAGGAGAAGGAAAUAUAUUCAUGACUGCACACGCUUCUUUGGCUCGUUUUAGUGUGUUGAUGAGGUUGUUUGUCAAGAAUUCACCGAUGCAUAACUGCACACGAACAGAGAAAUGCUCCUCGUUGCUGGUGAAACAGGUCUGAAAAUUGAAAUGGGCGCAUUAUCAUUUUUAUGAUGUACGACGGGAU